UGACGUUACAGAACGUUACAUGACGUUACAGAACGUUACAUGACGUUACAGAACGUUGCUCCCACGGGUCCGUUAUUUAGCGUUAGCAUUUAGCUUCCCUUGCAGCGGAACACCCUAGGUCUUUAAAUGCCUUACUGGAUAUGCUGCAACAGCUGCUUCCUCUCGCCCACCGCAGAGCGUAAACUGGCUGUCACAAGCUGUGGCCAUGUCAUCUGUAGUGUGUGUUAUCAGAAAGGCAAACAAGGCAGUUGUUUAAUAUGCAAUGCCAAAUGCCAAGUGUCACCUCUCUCUGACAAAAGCAGCUCGGAGGUGAAGGCCCUGUUCUCCGACAUCAACGUCGUGGCAACCAAACACUUCACGGAAAUCAGCAAAGUUUUAAUGUUCCAGGCAAGACAUCAAAAGAGACUGUUGACUCACUACCAGCAAAGGAAUGAGAAACUAGAAGACAUAUUAGUCAAGAUGAAGCAGGAAAUGCAGCAGAUGGCAAAGAAGCUGAAUGAGCAGAACGCCUACAUUACUAAGCUGGAAAACUCUCUUCAGCAUCAGAGCACCAGGGUUUCACCAGUGCCUCAGAUGAGCCACAGUUCCCUCACUCCACAUCAACAAAAAUCAGUCCUACAGAUCCCAUAUAACUCCCCCAUGUCCCUCUCAAGACACUCCUCAACGACUAAUGUCACUGAAAACGUGGAGCUGGAUGAAAGGAGUCUGUUCAGGAAACCUAACACUGUCCCCAGACUGUCAUUAAUCAGCCCUCCACAAGAUGGACGGAUGGGCACCGUCUCUCACAGAUUGUCCAAUCAGAACACGUUGGCCAACCAUUCAGCUCGCUCGUCCACAGUCAGUUGUUUUCAAGGAUCACCGGCGACCCCGGAUAUCGUAUACGGCCAGAGUUCUGGAUGGAAGUCUCCCAUCUUCAAACCUCCCUCCUCCUUCAGACACUCCAUGUCCUCCCUGGUCUGCCCUCCGCCUUAACAAACACACACGUCAUAAAGUCUUCAGAGAAAAUACACCUCGCCACUGACAUGUAUAUAGAGGUAUUUAUGUCUUUCACAACCUAAAAUGAGUCGCCAGACAGUUUGAGUGUGGUGUUUUAACAACCCCAGAUGUAUAGGUGAAAGUACAUGUAUUACUCUUGAACCAGAGCCAGGAUUUAUUGUGCUGUACAUUGAUGAUUAAACUCAG